GCGGGGUUGCUGGGGCUCUGCGCCCUGGGUGCUGUUUGGGGCUGUGGGUGGCGGCGGAAAGGAGUCUGGGGUCAGAUUCCUCAUCGAAGUGCCGGCGCGGGUUUUGUCAGCCUACUCUGGCCAAAGAGAGCUGCACCUCUGAAGGCGACUCAUUUACCAAACGUCGGAGGCAUAUUGUAGAUAAAAAUGCCGAUUGGAUGCAAAGAGAGACCAACUUUUUUUGAAAUUUUUAAGACGCGAUGCAACGAAGCAGAUUUAGGACCAAUAAGCCUUAAUUGGUUUGAAGAACUUUCUUUAGAAGCUCCACCAUAUAAUUCUGAACCUUCGGAAGAAUCAGAAUAUAAAAAUAGCAGUUAUGAACCAAACCCAUUUAAAACACCGCAAAGGAAACCUUAUCAUCAGUUGGCUUCAACUCCAAUAAUAUUCAAAGAACAAGGUCUAACUCUGCCACGGUACCAGUCUCCUUUAAAAGAAUUAGAUAAAUUCAGAUUAGAUGCAGGAAAGGAUAUUACCAAUAGUAAACAUAAAAGUUGUACAAUGAAGGCUAAAAUGGAUCAAGUAAAUGAUAUUACCAGCCCACCUCCAAAUUCUUGUCUUAGUGAAAGUCCUUUUGUUCUACGAUGUACACAAGUAACACCACAAAGAGAAAAGUCGGUGGUAUGUGGAAAUUUAUUUUAUACACCAAAGCUCAUGAAGGGUCAGACACCAAAACGUAUUUCUGAAAGUUUAGGAGCUGAGGUGGAUCCUGAUAUGUCUUGGUCAAGUUCUUUGGCCACACCACCAACACUUAGUUCUACUGUGCUCAUAGCCAGAGAUGAGGAAGCAUCUGCAACUGCAUUUCCUAAUGAUGCUGCUGCCAUUUUGAAAAGCAAUUUUUCUAACCAUGAUGAAAGUCUGAAGAAGAAUAAUAGGUUUAUUCCUUCCGGAAGAGACAAUGAAAACAAAAAUCAAAGAGAAGCUAAAAGUCAUGGAUUGGAGAAAAUGUUAGAGGAUUCGUUUGAUAAAGUAGAUAACUGCAAAGAUCAUUUGGAUAAAUCAACACCAACUGUCCUAAAAGAUGAAUUACAUGAAACAGUUGCAGAUAUUUCUGAAGAAGAUAGUUUUUCACUGUGUGUUUCUAAAUAUAAAACAAGAAGUCUACAAAAAAUGAAACCUGGAAGGACUAGGAAAAAUAUUUUCAAUGAAACAAAUACUGAUGAAUAUGAAGAAGCUAAAAAACAAAUGACAGAAAAUAAAUAUUCAUUUGUAUCUGAAACAGAACCAAAUGAUGGGGAUUCAUUAGACUCAAAUGUAACAAGUCAGACGCCCUUUGGGAAUGGAACUGACAACAUCUCCAAGGAAUUUGUGCCAUCUUCAGCCUCUGAAUGGUCUCAACUGACCCUCUCCGGUCUAAACGAAACCCAGAUGGAGAAAACAUCCCUACUGCAUAUUUCUUCUUGUGACCAAAAUAAUGCAGAAGAAGACUGCAUAGGCACAGACAAAGAAUGUACCAAUGUCAUUACUGUAGAAAAUUCUUUGCCACAUAUAGCAAGCAUGUCAAAAACAAGGACGAUAUUAAAUGAAGUAACAGUGGUAAAUAAGAGAGAUGAAGGGCAGUGUCUUGAAUCUCCUGACAAUUCCACUGGUGUGGAAAAGCAAGUAAUAUCUGACUCUUCUCUCAUAGCUUCUCCACUUCAGGGGAUCAAAAAGUCUCUAUUCAGGAUGAGAGAAUCCCCUGAAAAGACAGCCAACGCAGAUUUCCCUAGUAAUAUGACUGAUCCGAACUUGAAAGAAGAACCUGAAGCCUCCAGAAGUGGAUUGGAAAUACACAGUCUUUGCUCACAGAAGGAGGGUUCUUUAUGUAUGCAUUCAGCUGAUAGUGGAAGCUGGCCAGCCACUACCAAAUAUACUUCUGUAGCUUUGAAGAAUACAGGUUUAAUAUCCACUUUGAAAAAGAAAACAAAAAAGUUUAUUUAUGCUAUAAAUGACAGAACAUCUUACCAAGGACUGAAAGCACAGAAAGACCAAGAAUCAGAACUAAUGAACUCUUCAGCUCAAUUUGAAGCAAAGCCCUUUGCAGCACCACAUACAUUUACAAACACUGACUCAGGUUUAUUGCAUUCUUCUGUCCAAAAACAUCGUUUACAGGAUGACUCUGAAGAACGAAUUUUGUCUUCAGCCAGCUCUUUGGGGACCAUUCUGAAAAAAUGUUCUAAUAAUGAAAGUCGUUCUGAUAACAAAACAGUAUCUCAGGAUCUUGAUUAUAAAGAAGCAAAAAUUGCUAAGGAGAAACUACCAUCAUUUAUAACCACAGAAACUGAUAAUGUGUCAUGCAUGCAGAAAAAGCACUGUGAAGAUGAUCCAAAAAGCCAGAGAGUUCUAGAUAUAAAGGAAAAAGUCUUGCCUGCAGGACGUCACCCUGCAGUGCCACAUUCAGAGGAAGAUCAUGAUACUUACUUUCAAUCCCAGGAAAACUUUUUACAUGACCUUGAUAAUACCACCAUUUUAACUCCUAGCUCCAAGGAUCUUCUGUCAAAUCCAGUUGUGAUUUCUGGAGGAAAAGAAUCAUAUAAAAUGUCAGAGAAGAUAAAAUCUAAGAAUUGCAAAGCUGGUUUUGAAUUAACCCGAAAUAUUUCCAUGGAAAAGAAUCAAGAAACAUGUGUUUUAAAUGACAGUUCUCAAAAAGCUGAGCUGUUGGCACCUGAAAAAUACCUAACAGUAGUAUCACCUUCUAUGAAGGUCCAACUUAACCAAAAUAUAAAUCUCACAGGAAUCCAAAAAGACCAAGAAGAGACUACUUUAAUUUCAAAAAUAACCGUUAGUCCAAACUCUGAAGAACUUUUCCCAGACAACGAGACUAAUUUUGUCUUUCAGACACCUACCAAAAGGAAUAUUCCUGUUUUGGGGAACAUUAUGGAAGUUCAUGAGGUAGACCUCAGUUGCUUAAGAGAACCUGUUCUCAAGAACUCUGCCUUAGUAACAUGUACAGAUAUAGAUGAUGAACAAACAGCCAAAGUGUUGAUUGCAAAAGAUUUUGUUUCAUCAAAUAGAGCCCAUGAUCUUAUAGAGAAGAACAGAACAAGUGUACAGCAGCAACCAAAAAUUAUUCAAGGUCGAGAAUCAAAGUCAGAUACCUCCUUGGAUAUCGAUGUGAAAUCAAACAGAAGUAAUGAUUGCAUGGACAGUUGGGCAGGACUCUCAGAUUUGAUUGCAAGUCACAGUUUUGGAAAUGGCUUCAGGACAGCUUCUAAUAAAGAGAUAAAACUCUCUGAACACAACAUUAAGAAAAGUAAAUUGCUCUUCAGAGAUCUUGAAGAACAUUAUCCUCCUAGCCUAGCCUGUGUUGAAAUUGUAAAUACCUUAGCAUUAGCAAGUCAAAAGAAAGAAAGCAAACCUCAUGCACUUGAUUUGCAGUCAGUUAAUACUGUAUCUGGGUGUGUGCAAAGUAGUGCAUUUCUUUCUGAUAGUGAAAACAGACACACAACCCCUCCAAUUUUAUCUUUAAAGCAAGACUUGAAUUCAAACCAUAAUUUAACACCUAGCCAAAAGGCAGAAAUUACAGAACUUUCGACAAUACUGGAAGAAUCGGGAAGCCAGUUUGAAUUUACGCAAUUUAAAAAACCAGGUCACAUGACACAGAACAGUCUGUGUGAAAUGCCUGCAAAUCAGAUGACUGUCUUAAACACCCCUUCUGAGGAAUGGAAAGAUCCUGAUCUUCAUCUCACAAUUAAUGCCCCAUCUGUCAGUCAGGCAGAAAGCAGCAGCAAGUCUGAAGGUAUAGAUGGAGGUAAGCAAAAGUUUGCUUGCUUGUCAUCAUCCAGCUGUAGCAGAAGUGCUUCUGGUUAUUUAGCAGAUAAAAAUGAAGUGGAAUUUAGGGGGUUUUAUUCUGCUCGUGGCACAAAACUGAAUGUUUCCAGGAAAGCUCUGCAGAAAGCUAUGAGCCUGUUCAUUGACAUUGAGAAUGUUAGUGAGGAAACUUCUGCAGCAGUAGGUCCAGGAUGUUUCUCUUCAAGUAAAUGUAAUGAUUCUGAUGUUUCAAGUAUUAAGGUAGAAAAUUAUAGCAGUGGUAAAAGUUUAAGUGAGAAACAUAAUAAAUGCCAACUGAUACUAAAAAAUAACAUUGAAAGGACUGCUGACAUUUUUGUUGAAGAAAAUACUGAUGGUUACAAGAGAAAUACUGAAAAUAAAGACAACAAAUGUACUGAUCUUGCUAGUAACUUAGGAGAAGCUGAUGACAGUGCUUCAAGUAAAAAUGAUACAGUUUAUAUGCAUGAAGAUGAAACUGGUUUGCCAUUUAUUGAUCACAACAUACAUCUAAAAUUACCUAACCAGUUUAUGAAGAAGGGAAAUACUCAAAUUAAAGAAGGUUUGUCAGAUUUGACUUGUUUGGAAGUUAUGAGAGCCGAAGAAACAUUUCAUAUUAAUACAUCAAAUAAACAGUCAACUGUUAAUAAGAGGAGCCAAAAAAUAAAAGAUUUUGAUGUUUUUGAUUUGUCCUUUCAGAGUGCAAGUGGGAAAAACAUCAGAGUCUCUAAAGAGUCAUUAAAUAAAGCUGUAAAUUUCUUCGAUGAAAAAUGCACAGAAGAAGAAUUGAAUAACUUUUCAGAUUCCUCAAAUUCUGAAAUACUUUCUGGCAUAAAUAUCAACAAAAUAAACAUUUCAAGCCAUAAGGAAACAGAUUCGGACAAAAACAAACUAUUGAAAGAAAGUGACCCAGUUGGUAUUGAAAAUCAAUUACUGCCUCUCCAGCAAAGAUCAGAACGUGAAAUCAAAAAGAUCGAAGAACCUACCAUGCUGGGUUUUCAUACAGCUAGUGGGAAAAAAGUAAAAAUUGCGAAGGAAUCGUUGGACAAAGUGAAAAAUCUUUUUGAUGAAACAAAGCAAGAUAGUAGUGAAACCACUAAUUCUAGCCAUCAAGGGGUGAAAACACGGAAGGACAGAGAGGUAUGUAAAGAAGAGCUUGAAUUAACAUUCGAGACAGUUGAAAUAAUUGCCCCAAAGCAUGAAGAAAUACGGAAUUCUUUAGAGGAGAAAAAACUUGUUUCUAAGGAGAUCACCAUGCCACCCAGGCUCUUACGUCAUCAUUUUCACAAACAAACUGAAAAUCUCAGCAUGUCAAACAGUAUCCCCCUAAAAGGUAAAGUACAUGAAAAUAUGGAAGAAGAAACAGCCCAGAGGCCUGUAACUUGUCAUACAGAUCAGUCCACUUGCUCAGCCAUUGAAAAUUCAGCGUUAGCAUUUUACACAGGACAUGGCAGAAAAAUUUCUGUGAAUCAGGCUUCCUUAUUUGAAGCCAAAAAGUGGCUUAGAGAAGGAGAAUUGGACGAUCAACCAGAAAAAGUAGAUUCUGCCAAGGUCAUAUGUUUAAAGGAAUAUGCUAGGGAUUAUGUAGGAAAUCCUCUGUGUGGAAGUAGUUCAAACAGUAUCGUAACUGAAAAUGACAAAAAUCUCCCUGAAAAACAAAAUUCAACUUAUUUAAGUAACAGUGUGUCUAACAACUAUUCAUACCAUUCUGAUUUUUGUCAUUCCAAUGAGGUGCUCAGCAAAUCAGAAUCUCUCUCAGAAAAUAAAAUUGGUAAUUCUGAUACUGAGCCAGCAGUGAAGAAUGUCAAAGACAGAAAAGACACUUGUUUUUCUGACGUGAUAUCCACUGUAAGAGAAGCAAACACACACCCACAAGCUGUAGAUGAAGACACCUGGGUUCGGAAGCUUGUGAUUAACUCUACACCAUGCAACAAUAAAAAUACACCUGGUGAAGUGUCCAGAUCUAAUUCAAAUAAUAUUGAGAUAGAGCCACCUGCAUUCAGUACAAGUGGAAACAUAGCCUUUGUUUCACAUGAAACAGACGUGAGAGAGAGGUUUACAGACAACAACAGGAAGGCGAUUAAGCAAAACACUGAGAGUAUGUCAGGCACUUGCCAAAUGAAAAUUAUAACUGGCGCUCAUAAGGCAUUGGGUGAUUCAGAGGAUGUUAUUUUCCCUAACUCUCCAGAUAAUGAAGAACAUAUUACACGUUCACAGGAGGUUUUUCCUGAAAUUCAAAGUGAACAAAUUUUACAACAUGACCCAAGUGUAUCCGGAUUGGAGAAAGUUUCUGAAAUGCCACCUUGUCAUAUUAACUUAAAAACUUUUGAUAUACAUAAGUUUGAUAUGAAAAGACAUCCCAUGUCAGUCUCUUCUAUGAAUGAUUGUGGGGUUUUUAGCACAGCAAGUGGAAAAUCUGUACAAGUAUCAGAUACUGCAUUACAAAAAGCGAGACAAGUAUUUUCUAAGACAGAAGAUAGGGCUAAGCCAUUCUUUUCCAGAGCAGUUAAAAGUGAUGAAGAACAUUCAGACAAGUGCACAAGAGAAGAAAAUGCUAUGAUGCAUCCCCCCCCAAAUUUCCUGUCAUCUGCUUUCUCCGGAUUUAGUACAGCAAGUGGAAAACAGGUUCCAGUUUCUGAGAGUGCCUUAUGCAAAGUGAAGGGAAUGUUUGAGGAAUUUGAUUUAAUGGGAACUGAAUGUAGUCUUCAGCAUUCACCUACAUCUAGACAAGAUGUGUCAAAGAUACUUCCUCUCUCCGAGAUUGAUAAGAGAACCCCAGAACACUCUGUAAGUUCCCAAACAGAGAAAGCCUACAAUGAACAAUUUAAAUUACCAGAUAGCUGUAACACUGAAAGCAGUUCUUCAGAAAAUAAUCACUCUGUUAAAGUUUCUCCCGAUCUCUCUCGGUUUAAGCAAGACAAACAGUUGGUAUCAGGAGCAAAAGUAUCACUUGUUGAGAACAUUCAUCAUCUGGGAAAAGAACAAGCUUUACCUAAAAAUAUAACAAUGGAAAUUGGGAAAACUGAAACUUUUCCUAAUCUUCCCUUGAAAACAAAUAUAGAAAUUUGUUCUACUAAGUCCAAAGAUCCAGAAAACUCUUUUGAAACAGAAGCAGUUGAGAUUGCCAAAGCUUUUAUGGAAGAUGGUGAGCUGACAGAUUCUGAACUGCCAAGUCAUGCCAAACACUCUCUUACACGCCAAAAAAAUGAGGAAACGGUUUUGUUAACUUUAGGAAUUGGAAAAAGAAGAGGAGAUGCACUUGCCACUGUUGGAGAACCCCCAAUCAAAAGAAACUUAUUAAAUGAAUUUGACAGAAUAAUAGAAAAUCAAGAAAAAUUCUUAAAGGCUUCAAAAAGCACUCCAGAUGGCACAAUGAAAGAUAGAAGGUUGUUUAUGCAUCAUAUUUCUUUAGAGCCAGUUACCUGUGGACCCUCUUGCACAACUACAGAGCGGCCAAAAGUGCGGAAUCCCCAUUUCACUGCACCUGGUCAAGGAUUUCUAGCUGAAUCUCGUCUUGAUGAACACCUGACUUUGGAAAAGGCUUCAAGCAAUUUAUCAGUUUCAGGGCAGCCACUUUGCAAGGCUCCUGCCCCCAGAAAUGAAAAAAGGAGACACUCACUAAGUACAGGCAAACCCAUGAAAGUCUUUGUCCCACCAUUUAAAACCAAAUCGCAUGUUCACAGAGAUGAACAGUGUGUUACCGGGAAUACUGAGUUGGAGGAAAACAAACAAAAAAACGUAGAUGAACAUGGCUUUGGUAAUAGUGAAAAUAAUGUUAACAGCGGUGAAAUUCCUCAAACAACAACCGUAAUUUUCACAAAGAAUGAAGAAGAGCCUUUAGAUUUGAUUACAAAUCUUCAGAUUGCCAGAGAUAUACAGGAUAUGCGAAUUAAAAAGAAAAAAAGGCAACGUAUUUUUCCACAGCCAGGCAGUCUGUAUCUUGCAAAAACAUCCACUCUGCCUAGAAUCUCUCUGAAAGAAGCAGUAGAAGGCCGAGUUCCCUCUGCAUGUUCUCACAAACAGCUGUAUAUGUAUGGUGUUUCUAAACAUUGCAUAAAAAUUAACAGCAAAAAUGCAGAGUCUUUUGAGUUUCACACUCAAGAUUAUUUUGGCACAGAAGGUUUAUGUGCUGGAAAGGGAAUACAGUUGGCUGAUGGUGGAUGGCUCAUACCCUCCAAUGAUGGAAAGGCUGGAAAAGAAGAGUUUUAUAGAGCUCUGUGUGACACCCCAGGUGUGGAUCCAAAGCUUAUUUCUAGAGUUUGGGUCUAUAAUCAUUAUAGAUGGAUUAUAUGGAAACUGGCAGCUAUGGAAUUUGCCUUUCCUAAGGAAUUUGCUAAUAGAUGCCUAAACCCAGAAAGGGUACUUCUUCAACUAAAAUACAGAUAUGAUAUGGAAAUUGAUAGAAGCAGAAGAUCAGCUAUAAAAAAGAUAAUGGAAAGAGAUGACACAGCUGCAAAAACGCUUGUUCUCUGUGUUUCUGAAAUUGCAUUAGGCACAAACAUAUCUGAAACUUGUAGCAAUAAAACUAAUAGUGUGGAUACCACAAAAGUGGCUAUGGUUGAACUUACAGAUGGAUGGUAUGCUAUUAAGGCCCAGCUAGAUCCUCCCCUCUCAGCUCUCUUAAAGAACGGUAGACUGACUGUGGGUCAGAAGAUCAUAAUUCACGGAGCAGAGCUAGUGGGCUCUCCUGAUGCCUGUACACCUCUUGAAGCCCCAGAAUCUCUUAUGUUAAAGAUUUCUGCGAACAGCACACGGCCUGCCUGCUGGUUUGCCAAACUCGGCUUCUCUCCCGAUCCCAGACCUUUUUCUCUUCCCUUGUCAUCACUCUUCAGCGAUGGAGGAAAUGUCGCUUGUGUUGAUGUAAUUAUUCAAAGAGCAUAUCCUAUACAGUGGAUGGAGAAGACAUCAUCUGGAUUAUACAUAUUUCGCAAUGAAAGAGAAGAAGAAAAGGAAGCAACAAAAUAUGCAGAAGCCCAACAAAAGAAACUGGAAGCCCUCUUUACUAAAAUUCAAGCAGAAUUUGAAGAGCAUGAAGAAAAUGCAGCAGAACGAUGUCUGCCAUCACGGGCACUAACCAGACAGCAAGUCCGAGCUCUGCAAGAUGGUGCAGAACUUUACGAAGCAGUGAAGAAUGCCCCAGACCCGAGUUACCUUGAGGGUUAUUUUAGUGAAGAGCAGUUAAGAGCCUUGAAUAAUCACAGACAGCUGUUGAAUGAUAAGAAGCAAGCCCAGAUCCAGAUGGAAUUCAGGAAGGCUAUGCAAUCUGCUGAGCAAGGGGAACAGAUUUUACCAAGAGAUGUUACACCUGUAUGGAAGUUGCGUAUCAUAAGCUAUAACAAAAAGGAAAAAGAUUCAGUUAUAUUGAGUAUCUGGCGUCCAUCAUCAGAUUUAUGUUCCCUCCUGACAGAGGGAAAGAGAUACAGAAUCUAUCAUCUUACAGCAGCAAAAUCUAAAAGUAAAUCUGAAAGAGCUAACAUACAGUUAACAGCAACAAAAAGUACUCAGUAUCAGCAACUACCGGCUUCAGAUGAAAUUCUAUUCCAAGUUUAUCGGCCAAGGGAGCCCCUUCACUUCAAUAAAUUAUUGGAUCCAGACUUCCAGCCACCUUGUUCUGAGGUGGACCUAAUAGGAUUUGUCGUUUCUGUCGUGAAAAAAACAGGUCUUGCUUCUUUGGUCUAUUUGUCAGAUGAAUGCCAUAACUUAUUGGCAAUAAAAUUUUGGAUCGAUCUUAAUGAAGACAUCAUUAAACCUCACAUGUUAGUUGCUGCAAGCAACCUCCAGUGGCGACCAGAGUCCAAAUCAGGAAUUCCUACUUUAUUUGCUGGAGAUUUUUCCAUGUUUUCUGCUAGUCCAAAGGAGGGCCAUUUUCAAGAAACAUUCCACAAAAUGAAAAAUACUAUCGAGAAUAUUGAUAUAUUUUGCAAUGAGGCAGAAAACAAGCUUAUUCAUAUACUUAAUGCAUAUAAUGCCAAGUGGUUCACCCCAACUAAAGACUGUACUUUAGAACCACAAACUCCUCAGACCGUCCUUGGCACAGGAAAUAAGUUUCUGAUGUCUUCUCCCAGUACUGAGAUGAAUUAUCAAAGUCCAUUCUCACUUUAUAAGCCAAAAGGGAAGUCUGUCUCCACACCUGUAUCAGCCCAAAUGACUUCAAAGUCUUGUUGCAAGGGGGAAAAAGAGAUUGAAGACCCAAAAAACUGCAAAAAGAGAAGAGCCUUGGAUUUCUUGAGUAGACUGCCUGUACCUCCACCUGUUAGUCCCAUUUGUACAUUUGUUUCUCCAGCUGCACAGAAGGCAUUUCAGCCACCACGGAGUUGUGGCACCAAAUAUGAAAUACCUAUAAAGAAAAAAGAAUUGAAUUCUCCUCAGAUGACUCCACUUAAAAAAUUUAAUGACAUUUCUCUUUUGGAAGGUGAUUCAAUAGCUGAUGAAGAACUUGCACUAAUAAAUACCCAAGCUCUUUUGUCUGGUUCAGCAGGAGAAGAUCAACUUACAUCUAUCAGUGAAUCCACAAGGACUGUUUCCACUAGUCCAAAAAAUUAUGCCAGACUGAAAAGGCAUCAUACUACAUCUGUGAUCAAAGAACAAGAGAAUUCCCCAGCCAGGACUGAAGAACACGAGACUAAUACGCAGGACACAAAUACAAUAAAAAAUAUAUCCAAGAGACUGCAAAGGCAACAAAAACCAAAAUGAUGAUAAAUUAGUUAUUGACUCAGCCUCUCCAGUUUGUAAAACAUACAAUUUCCAACUGUACAUCAGAAUUUACAUAGUGAGAAAAGAAAGGAAAUAGUUCAAAAUUCACCUAAAUGCUUGUAUAUCACAGCAAUGAUCUCUCCCUGCCUCUAUACUCAUAAUAGUCUUAUUUCAAUUAUAUAUCUUAAAACUGUGACUGUAUAUUUACUAACUCAUCAAGAAAAAAAUCUCCUUUCCAUCUUUAGACAGGAUUUGAUUAUAAGUAUUAUUUUACAAAUGAAAUAAACAUACCCGUUUCUUUUAGAGGUGUGUCCCUAUAGUUAAAAGAAACUGGGUUUCUAAGUACCAUUGACUCAUGUAAUUCCUUUUAGUUUAGUUCCUAUUUCAGGUUGUUUUCUUAAGCGGCAACCCACUAUGAACCAGUUUUCCUUAAUGAAUGUGUUGGUUCUGUAGUUUUAUCCUGAUCAAAAAAGUCAGGAUGAGUAAGAUACUACAAUGGUGUUUUCUUUUGACCAAUUCUUCAUCCUUAGGUCAGCAUGACGAUGAGAAAAACAGACCCCUCACUGUACUUCCUUUUUACGAUUCCAAUGUGGUUUGUGAAAUUAAUUUAUUAAAAGUUCAAAUAUUUUAAAUCAGAA